UGCUUGUUUAUGUCACGUGCAUUAAUGCAAUUGCAAUUGAUGGUUGAAUUUUAUUUUCUUGAUUCAAAAUUUUAGGAUUUUUUUUGUUCAAUUUUAAAUUAGUCAAUCAUGUCCGAUUCUGGUGUAUAUCAUGAUGAAGUGGAAAUCGAAGAUUUUGAUUAUGAUCCUGAAACGGAAACUUUUAGCUAUCCAUGUCCAUGUGGUGAUCUUUUCACCAUACUCAAGGAUGAUUUAUUGAAUGGAGAAGUGGUGGCCAGUUGUGUUAGCUGUUCAUUAAUCAUCAAAGUUAUUUAUGAUAUGGAUGAUAUCAAUAAUGUGAUCGAAGCUAAAGAAACGAAUACGACAAAAAAACCAAUGACAACGGAAAAAAUAACCGCUUGAAUUCAAAAAAAAAUAUGCUUUGAUUGUUUUUGUUUGUUUUAGGAAUUUUAUUAAUUUA